CUAAUUCUCGGGAGCGCGUAUAAAACAGAUUUGCGCGCUCAUGUGUGCACGGUCCCUAGAAAAUAUAGACACGUGAUCCCCGUGAGCCAAUUAGAGUUUAAAACAUUAUGCGCGCUCCUGGUCGAAACGGAGAAGACUGAGAGAAGUGAAAAAGCGCAAAUAUUUAUCUGUCUGUAAAUUAGUACAUCGUUGAGCAAUAACUAGCUACACAAUGUCUGAAGAAAAGCCAAAGGAAGGAGUGAAAACUGAAAACGAUCACAUCAACCUAAAGGUUGCAGGUCAAGAUGGGUCAGUAGUCCAGUUCAAAAUUAAAAGGCACACUCCGCUCAGCAAGCUGAUGAAGGCGUACUGUGAAAGACAGGGUUUGUCAAUUAGACAGAUACGGUUUAGGUUUGACGGACAGCCGAUUAACGAGACUGACACACCUGCACAGCUUGAGAUGGAAGACGAGGAUACUAUUGAUGUAUUUCAACAACAGACUGGCGGCUCCUCCCUCUCUGAGGCUCCUCCCUCUCUGAGGCUCCUCCCUCUCUGAGGCUCCUCCCUCUCUGAGGCUCCUCCCUCUCUGAGAACAGAUACACUUGAAGAGCAGCAUCACUCAAAACCUUUUUUUAUUUUCAAUAAUCAUUUAGCGUUAUAAAUAUAUUUUUUGUUUGAUUGAACCGCCUCCCCCCCCCCCAAGCCCUACAUGUUGUGAGGGGAGGCAGGGAUCUGUUUACAAUGGAAAACCAUGGCGUUAAGAAAGACGGGACUGUUAAGUGGGUUACAUUCACAUUCUCUACUCACUUGUUCAAUCCCCCUUCAUUCAUUGGUGCAGCAUGACUAAAGGGAGGUUCCACCACUGCCAUACUCCUCACACCAUUCCAUUUAAAUGCAUGAGGUUGAGUGAACGAGUGUAGGGUAGUGAAUUGGGACGUAGCCAUGAUCACAAGCUGGAUUUCAUGCCACCGAACCAUUUCUUGUUUAUAUGAACUAGAACUGUUUUGAGAAUAUGUAUUUGUUUCACACACAGGGGGUCCAACUGUCCUUCAGAUUCUGACCCUAAUGGCACCCUAUUCCCUUUAAAGUGCACUACUUUUUGACCGAAAGUCGUGCACUAUAUAGUGAAUAGGAUGCCAUUGGGAUGUACAUCAAUCUACCACAGGUUGAGGUAACACAAGGUCCACUGAUCCUUCUGUUUCUCUAGUGUAUAUUAUUUUAAUUUUUUUUGUAAAAAAAAAAAGGUUUUAUAUUUUGCUAAAUAUAUGGGCCAAAUGAUCCAUUUUCUCAUUUCACCCUGUAUGGCCAUACGAUUGAAUAGUGCAUGGCUGUGUCUAGACCAAAUGCAAAAUGAACAGAAUUGUGAACAGAAAUGUCUCGGUGAUAUGAUUGAAAAGGGUAAAGUUUUAAGGUCUAUUUUUAACGUCACUUGAAGAAACGAUUCAACGUACCUUUUCAGAUGGCUUUCUGUUUAUCCCCCUCUCCACACAGACGGACGGGGAGUAGUUGAGCCAUACUUGGUGGAUUUCUCCUGAAUUUUACCCAUCCCACUGCAUCACUGAUAUUUUAUGACAAAAUAAAAGGGAAUCCACCCAGACUUCAACCUUU